GUUUGUAAUCAGGAUGUGGCUGAUUGUGUUAGUUAAAACAGAUUGCGGGAAUUUGCCUUUAGACGCGGCAUCAAGGUCAUAGGGGUUUGCUUUUAACGCUUCGGCAUACUAACAAUGUGCGAGACUCAGGGAUAAAGAUCAUUUUUUGUGACAGUCAAGUGUAACUACAUAGUUAUUAAGGCAACUAGGUUUGCGUAAUAAAAGCUAUUAGUGGUGAAAUUAUAAUAUACUAACGGUCUUGAGUUAACCAUCAGGGAUAACGAUAACUCAUGCUACUAAAAACGGAAAUGAACAAAUUUUAAUAUUCACCGUAUAAUCGGUACACAAUAAUGUCUCGUUGCAAUCAGUUACAAUAAUGUCAGAUGUUGAUGCAUACCCAAGGUUUGCAAGUCGUGCACUAAGGAAUAAUCUGUCGGAUAAACUACUUAUUCCAUCUAAACAGGUUAGGUUCCGCCCGAAUGUAAUCACAAAUUCCUCUGAUUAUCUAGCUGACAAAGUGUCCUGGAAUUUUACUGAAUCUGGUCUCGAUGAAUUGACCAAUGUAACAUCAUCUUUUGGUAAUUCGGACCCCAUUUCCAUAUUGCAAAAUCGUUACCCACCAGAUAAUGCGCCUACACAAAACCACUUUGUUUCUAAACAAACAUUUUAUGAUGUAUUUGAGGCGAUGGAAAAUAAUGUCAAUAAAAUGUGUGAUCUUUCUGAGAAUACUGAAUGUCGCCUUAAAGGCAGCUGUCAAAUUGCUUCAUUCCUCAAAACUACAGAUCACCUCCCUCGGCAACCGUUAUCAUCUUGUGGUCCUGUAUAUAGUCCCAAAAACUGUCCUUCAGAUGCGAAAAGUUCAAGUGACCAAGACCCCAGAGAACUACCCAGCUAUCCUUUUACGCAUUCCGAAAGUCUGUCUUUGUCAAGUUUGACAGAUUUAAGUUGUCUGGAACCAGAUACAACUUCUUUUUGCGAUCCAGGCGAUGCGACUCUAAAUUUUUCACAACCAGUCUUCAAUACAACAAAAGCCUUAGAACGGGAGAUUAAAUUCCUGUCUAAAACAGUCAACAGUGCUUCCAAAGAGCAACCCACUGACGAAAUACGCUUAGAAGCCGAACGUAUUGUUAAUGAAGCUUGCAAUACUCUUCCCGCUGGAGAUAACUCUAUCAAUCCUUUAAUUCUCAAUCCAAGAAUCACUGUUAAUAUACCUGAAAAUGUAUCUAUGUAUGAAAAUCUUAUAGAUUUGACAGUGGAUGAAUCGGAAAUAGUACGUUUGGAGCGUCAACGAAUUGCAGCCCAGCGUAAACGAUUGAUUGAAGCGAAUAGGAAACAAAAUAUCAAAGUUGAUGAACCUGAACCAGAUUUGUUGGAAUUUUUCGAUCCAAACCGUCAUGUUUAUCAGUCAGUCAAUUUACAAUCGAAAGGUAUACAAAGUUUGCUGCCUACCUUGCAUUGUGCUUCUGAUGAUUUGGUCGAUGCCUUCCAACAUAAAAUUGCAUAUGAUUACUCUUUUUGGCUAUGCGAUCCUUGAAAUGGCUAAUUGUUUGUGAUUAUCGGUCUCUUUUUGUUUGGGGAGGAGGGGUGGUUAAUAAUUGGCAUCAUACCCCUGAUUGUACAGUAUUUCUUUAAAUAUUUUUACACGUAUUAAAAUAAAAUAAAGUACGGGAAUGAAAUAAUUGUGAGAAUCCGUAGAAAUACGUGAUAAAAUGAUGUUUCAGUGUUAUGAGUUGUUUUGGUUUUGUGUACAUCUUAACUUCUGUGCCUAAUCAUUAACUAUAUCAUUUGGAACUAUAUAUGAAACCUUGAACAGUCUAUUAAAAUCAUAAAACCAAUACGCUUUCCGUACGUUCUCGCAUUUACUACUGUAAAUCAGUCAUUCGCAUUCGUUGUUUUGUGAUGUGGUCAAACGCAUCAGGAUCCAAGACAAUUCGAUAAUAUGUUAAUUUUUACGUUAUGGGAUACUAGGUUCGUGCAUAGGAGACACACAUCCACUCCUACAAUCAUAAGUUUUAACAAACAAUUCAGAGGAAUAACUAAGCAAAGUUAUCUUCCCAAAAUUAUACCAUAUGGAAUUUAGAAUCGUUAACAGAGUAGGUUUCUAAAUACUGCGUUAACUAAUGUGCAGUAUUAAAUCAAACAAUCUUAUACUAGUGAAUUAUAAAUUAAUAUUUCAGGACAAAAAUGACGUCACUUCAAUGUGCAAACAAGUGUGUUUAUUACAUGUGUUUGGUAACGUAUACUGUGUCUUAUUUGUUAUUCCGAAGUUUCGGUUAUGUUGGUUAUUACCACUUCUGGUUUGCCAAUUUUCCUUCAUGUCCACAGAUCAUGUCUCAUUUCUUUGUAUUCUGAAUUCCUCUUCUUCACGUUUGUCUUCUUUGAAUAUCAAUGUUUAUUUACA